CAAAUCGUGACGUUGACAAGACAAGUCAUUGCGUUCAAAUGUCAGUUGUCAAAAUGCGCAGGAGCUGGUUGGUCGUGGUUCUUGUGUUCAAUGUUGUUAGUGUGCGAUGUGUAUUACGAAAAGAUUCAAACUACUGGUCAAAUUUGGCCUCAAAAGAGUUAGAAGAAGCAUUGAACGUUAAAUGGAACGAAGGAAUAGCGAAGAAUAUUAUUUUGUUCAUCGGCGAUGGGAUGGGACCAAACACAGUCACGGCUACCAGGAUAUACAAAGGUGGGGAAAGCCAUCGUCUGUCUUAUGAGAUGUUCCCGCAUGUUGGUUUGUUAAAGACUUAUUCUGCUGACAAAAUGGUUCCUGACUCGGCUGCCACUGCGACGGCAUUGCUGUGUGGCGAAAAGGCUAACCAGAACACAGUGGGUGUUAGCUCGUUGGUGCAACACAGAGAUUGUGCCGCGUCGUUGAAGCCUGGUGCUGAGUUAGAUUCCUUAGCUACAUUAGCUAUGAAGGCUGGGAAGAGUGCUGGUUUUGUAACGACGAUGCGUGUGACGCACGCGACACCCGGUCCCGUGUACGCACACAGCGCGGCUCGUCAGUGGGAAUGCGAUAGCAGCAUGCCCGCUGGCUCGGAACAGUGCAAAGACAUUGCUAGACAACUAAUCGAAGAUUCCCCUGGAAGAGAUCUUAAUGUAAUCAUGGGAGGUGGCAGACAAGGCUUGGUAGCUAAUGUGACGGGCUCACCUGGUGACCCGACCAGCACAUGGGGAUGCUCGAGAGCUGAUGGUAGAGACCUUAUUCAAGAAUACAGGAAUAACAAACAAAGCAGAGGUCUUAAGUAUAGCGUGGUCUCAAAUAAUAGAGAACUUCAGAAUUUAAAUGUGAAUGAAACUGAUUAUCUUUUAGGUAUUUUUGCCAACGCACACUUGGCGUAUGAUAACGAGAGGGACACUGGUCCAGAGGGUAUGCCCUCUAUCACAGAUAUGGUGGAAGCUGCUAUCAAGGUCCUCAAAAAAAACCCUAAGGGAUUCUUUCUUAUGGUAGAAGGUGGUAACAUAGAUAUGGCGCACCACCGCGGAAGAGCCAAGCUCGCCGUGAACGAGGCGUCCGCCAUGGAGCAGGCGGUGCAGGCCGCGCUCGCGCUGACCGACCACCACGACACGCUGCUGGUGGUGACCAGCGACCACACACACACCAUGACUAUCAAUGGGUAUCCUGACAGAGGCGCUAAUAUUUUCGGAGUAGUAGGGCCGUCAAGAUUUGAUGGCUUAAACUACACAACAAUAUCAUACGGUACGGGCGGGCCAGGUUCCUUCAAGUACUCCAUAGAGACCAAUGAGACUGGAGCGGCUCACAUUGUGAGACAGAACCCGACCGCUGAGGAGACAGACUCGUUCAAGUACGAACAGAUCGCGGCCGUGCCACUUGACGAAAAUAUCCAUGGCGGUGGUGACGUCAUAGUGUACGCGCGAGGUCCUUACGCUCAUCUUUUCCACAGUAUCCACGAGCAACACUAUGUAUUCCACGUGCUCUCAUAUGCGGCCAAAAUCGGGCCUUAUUCUUCGGGAAAUAGCGUACAAUGCAGUGUCGCCAUAUUGUCUUCAGGAAUAUUAUCUUUAAUACUUUUUAGACGAUAAUUUUUAAUGGCAACAUCUAAGUUUUUUUAUGGAAUAAAGAAUUUUAUAUUUAUUUUACAGUUUAGGCGAAUAAAAAAAUCAAAUAAUCAAUUUUAUUAUAAGUAUAAAUAAUUAUAUUGUAAAACUAAUUCUAUUUAUUUACGUAAUAUUGUACAAUAAAACGUUAAAUCCAUUUUGUCAUUUAUAUUGCUAAGUAUACAUAUUUUUAUUGGUGACGACAUGGGGGAAGGCCGGGCAAAGUGAAUACCUUAAUCUAUGGCGGGCUAUGGGGAAGGGAACCAAUACAGAUAGAUAAAACAUUAUUGGGCUGUUCACUAUGCCCUGCCUUCCCCUAUUAUAAAACAAUGUCCAUCCGCUGUGUUUGUCUGUCUGAACGCGAUAAACUCAAAAACUACUUAACGGUUUUUCACAUGGUUUUCAUUAAUAAACGGAGUUAUUCAUGAGGAAGGUUUUGGUUUGUAAUACAUUAAGGUUUUGUGUAUAUUGGCAGAAAUAUGACGUUGAUUGUUGAAGAUAUUUGAAGAAAAUCAUGCCGACUGUGAGCUUUACUAACGUGCCACGUAGUCAUAUGUAUUACGAUAUAAACAAUCUGUGUAGAACCUUACGCUAACCGUGUAUUAAGUAGAACAG